UGGUUGUCUGUUUUAUGUAUGUAUCUCCUUCAUCUUUUGUGUGCUCAGUGCUUUUGGUUCUUCGUUUAAUCUUUCCUCUUGCUGGAAUUUUUGUGCAUCUUCGGUAUGUUUUCGUAACUGAAUUUGGGGAGGUUUGGUACUUUGGAGGCCCUGAUUUUUUGGGGCCUAAAGCGACUGCUUUAGUGCCUUUAGCCGCCCUUGGCAUCAAGCAAAUUCUGUUUAAAUUCUCUGUUCAGUGCUGCUGGCUUCAUAGAAUAACUCUGUUCUUGUAGAUAAAAGGAUUACGAUAGAGAAAAAAGUAUUGUGAUACUGUACUGAGGCAUCUAAAUUUUGUGUAAUCUAAUUUCCUUUAGGGUUCUUGGAGGCCACCCUACGCUAAAUCUUAGCUCAUGCCUAUAUAAAAGGUCAAGAUGGGAAUAUAUUUGAGUAGUCCUAAAACUGAAAAAGUGUCCGAGGAUGGUGAGAAUGACAGACUAAGAUAUGGCUCGUCAUCAAUGCAAGGAUGGCGUUCAACCAUGGAAGAUGCUCAUGCAGUUUAUCCAAAUUUGGACACUUCCACUUCCUUCUUUGGUGUUUAUGAUGGCCAUGGAGGCGAUGAAGUUUCUAAAUUUUGUGCCAAGUUUCUUCACCCAGAGGUUCUUAAUCAUGAAGCAUACUCAGCUGGGGAUAUAUGCACUUCUAUUCAGCAUGCUUUUCUCAGAAUGGAUGAGAUGAUGUGUGGACAAACAGGUCAGAGAGAAUUAGCCGCUUUGACAGAAAAGAACCAAGCUAAGGACAUAAUAGAGGGUUUGUUAUCGCCUCCCAAGCAUGGUGAACCCAAGGGGCAAACAGAUGGUGGGUCUUCAGAGGAGGGGGCUAAUUCUGAUUACCGUGGGCCAUCUGCAGGGAGCACAGCUUGUGUAGCAAUCAUUCAGAAUAUUCAACUUCUUGUGGCAAAUGCUGGUGAUUCUCGCUGUGUCUUAUCUCGGAAGGGUCAGGCAUAUGAUAUGUCUAGGGACCAUAAGCCUGACCUUCAAGCUGAAAAGGAAAGGAUUACAAAUGCUGGUGGAUAUGUCCGGUGUGGACGGGUCAAUGGGACUUUAAACAUGUCAAGAGCAAUCGGAGACAUGGAGCUGAAACAGAACAAAUCGUUGCCUGCUGAAAAACAAAUAGUGACUGCUAAUCCUGAUAUCCGCACUGUUGAGCUUUGCAAUGAUGAUGAUUUCCUUGUUCUAGCUUGUGAUGGCAUAUGGGAUUGCAUGUCAAGCCAAGAGGUUGUGGACUUUGUCGGGAAACAGUUAAAACACGAAAAUAGGCUCUCAGCUGUUUGUGAGACAGUGAUGGAUAAAUGUUUGGCCCCAGCCACGGGUGGAGAAGGAUGCGACAACAUGACCAUGAUCUUGGUACAAUUCAACAAACCUUUCAAGAUUGCCACAUUGAACAAGGAGCAACCACUGGCCUCUAAUCAAAAUUCUGAAUGUAAUGGAAGCACAGUAACAUCUAACAAUAUGCCAUAGCAGGAAGAGUCAUGCUGUCGCUGUAAGCUUUUGAAGUUUUGAUAGAUAAAAGGUGGCGUUUUAGAUAAUAUCAGAAGAUCUGUAUAUAUGCUCAACUCCCCUGACCUUUUCAAGUGCGGGGAUAAGCUUUUAGCUUCAAAUGGGCAAUAAUGUACACGGGACAAUUCCUCAGAGGAAUGUUUUCAGUUUAGUGGAAUUGAUGAGUGUAGUAUUUUCCCUCUUGUAGAGAGAACUAUUAGUUGAAAUACUAAAAUGUGGAUUUUGAUUGUUU